AUGCCCGACCAGGAUUUGAGGAACGCAAUUCUCCGGCUCACUGAACUGGUAGCUAGCCAACAAGAGCAGAUUCAACUUCUCAAUCGAACCGGUCAAGCCAACCAACCGGGAAGUGAGAAAAUCAUCGAAUCGUUGGCCACGGGAAUUGAAGACUUCUACAACGAUCCUGACGGUGGAGUGUUUUUCGAUGCAUGGUUCGCGCGCUACGAGGAUAUCUUCAAGGUUGACGGCAAGAAUCUGGACGAUCCGACGAAGGUGAGGCUACUCUUGAGGAAGAUCGGCACCAAGUUCCAUGAGCGGUACGUAAACAGUAUCCUGCCAAAGCAUCCCCGCGAUUUCGGCCUGGACGACACGGUGACGAAACUUAAGAAGCUUUUUGGCCGCCAAACCUCGCUGUUUAACGAUCGCUACCGUUGUCUACAAUAUGUCAAGAACGAAGCAGACGAUUUUUCAAGUUACGCUGCCUCUGUGUACAAGCACUGCGGAGCAUUCCAGCUGACCAAGCUCACCGACGACCAAUUCAAGUCACUACGUUUUGUUUGCCGUCUACAAUCUCCCCGCGAUGCAGACAUCCGAACUCGAUUGAUCGGUAAGUUAGAAGCUGAAGAGCAUGCUCCGCCAGCAGACGGCACGAAGCUCACACUGGAAAAUCUCGUCGAGGAGUGCCAUCGGUUUAACAAUCUGAAGCAGGACACCAAGAUGGUAGAGAAGCCCGUUCCGGAAAAAUCCGUCGUCAACGCCGUUUCUACCAAGCCUGCUAAGAAGAAGCAACCGAAAUCUCCGUGCUGGUUCUGCGUUGGAUUGCGCUUCCGAUAUCACGAUCAUUUCUACGCAAACCUGGAAGGCGAUCGGAAACCAGCCAUCAGCGAAACCGAAAUCACCGCCAUCAGUGCUUCCGGAAAUAAGAUCGACAUGACUGGUGAGUUCCUUGCUGAAUUAAUCAUCCAAAGCGUGACGAAAGCAGGCAUUGUCUACGUGUCAUCAAGCUCCGAUUUGGAUGUCCUCGGAAUUGAAACAAUCGACCUAUUCGAUCUGUGGUCAAUUCCAUUCAGCUCGCUGAGUACACUAGGCCGGUGCACCAAAGCGAAGGUUAAACUCUACCUGAAGCCCGACGUCCGUCCAGUGUACUGUCCAAAGAGACCAGUUGCAUAUGCUGCCCAUCCAAAGGUGGAUGCCGAACUUCAACGUCUUCAAGACAAGGGAAUAAUCUCACCAGUGAAGUUUUCCGACUGGGCAACCUCGAUAGUCGUGGUCCGGAAGUCAGACAACGUUUCCGUCCGUAUCUGCGGCGACUAUUCCACAGGGUUGAACAACGUACUAGAAUCAGAUGCCCAUCCGCUUCCGCAUCCAGAUGAUGUUUUUGCUGAUCUGGCUGGCUGCCGGUAUUUCUCCCAACUCGAUCUAUCUGAUGCGUACCUGCAAGUCGAGGUUGAGGAGGAAUCUCAGAAGUAUCUAACGAUCAACACUCAUCGUGGACUGUUCAAAUACAACCGUCUGCCGCCUGGAAACAAGUCCGCUCCUGGUGCGUUCCAAAGGAUUAUCGAUAGCAUGGUCGCUGGUAUUCCUGGAGUGAAACCGUAUCUGGAUGACAUCAUGAUUGCCGGUAGGACAAAGGAAGAACACGAUCGCAGCCUCCAUGUAGUUCUGGAACGGAUCAAGACGUACGGUUUUCAUCUGAGGAUCGAAAAAUGUCGAUUUGGCCUAUCGCAAAUCAAGUUUCUAGGUCAUAUAAUCGACAAAGGCGGCUUACGACCUGAUCCAGCGAAGACUACCGCAAUUUCGCAGAUGCCAGCUCCAAUGAACGUAUCACAGCUUCGAUCGUAUCUUGGAGCUAUCAAUUAUUAUGGGCGUUUCGUCAAGCGGAUGAAGGAGCUGAGAGCACCCAUGGACUACAUGCUGAAACAAAACGUCAAUUGGGAAUGGACUGCAAGCUGCCAGAAGUCAUUCGACAAGUUCAAAACGCUGCUCACUUCCGACUUGUUGCUGACGCACAUCGACCCGAACAAGGAAAUCAUCGUAGCGGGUGAUGCAUCCAAAGACGGCUUGGGCGCUGUUAUUAUGCAUCGCUUCCCGGAUGGAUCAGUGAAGGCAAUUUCGCACAUUUCAUGA